AUUUCUCUUCACUAUACAAAGAAGAAAAAAAAAUAACACAAACCUUUCUUUCUCAAAACCUACCUACUAUUCGGUUCACAAAUGGGUCGACCAGAUCAAACUCCGAGUCCGAGAAUGAACAACAACUUUAAUCCAAUGUUUCAUGCACAACCACCACCUGAACAACCGGUUUACGAAAAGCAAAUGGUCGAAACCGAGCAGAAAUAUCCCAACAAUGAUGGAAUGGUUAACCAACCAGUCGGAGUACCGAAUAUGGGCAGACCGACUCAACCGACGUAUAUCAAUCCAACAGUUAACCAACCUUAUGGUGUACAAAUGGCCCGACCGGUCAUUAUUAACCAACCAUCGUCGAACUGGACUUCAGGGCUUUUUGAUUGCAUGAACGAUGGCGAAAAUGCAAUCAUCACAUGUUGCUUCCCAUUCGUGACGUUCGGACAGAUCGCAGAGGUUACCGAUGAAGGCGCAACAAGUUGUGGAACGGGUGGAAUAUUGUAUGGAUUGAUAUGUUGCUUGUUUGGGAUACCGUGUGUUUACUCAUGCACAUUUCGGGCCAAGAUCCGAAACAAAUUCGGGUUACCGGAUGCUCCAGCUCCAGAUUGGACCACUCAUUGUUUCUGUGAAUAUUGUGCACUGUGCCAAGAAUAUCGUGAGCUCAAGAAUCGUGGCCUUGAUCCUUCCAUUGGAUGGAGUGGGAAUAUGCAAAGGCAGCGAAUGGGUCAGCAACAAGAGAUGAUGGCUCCUCCCAUGGGCCAACGAAUGAUGGGUUGACUUAGAUGAAUUUUAUUACAUCAACAUGAUAUUUGAUAAUAAUGCUAGUUAUUUGUUUUUAUUUAUUCCACGACCAACAAAUAAAUGCAACAAGGCUUCGUUUUCGUGGGUGGGCAUGAACUAAUAAUCUAAUGCCGUA